CGGAGACCAGUUUCGUUAAACUAAUCGAACUAUCAACAUGUCUGGACGCGGUAAAGGAGGCAAAGUUAAGGGAAAGGCAAAGUCCAGGUCCAGCCGUGCUGGACUCCAGUUCCCAGUUGGACGUAUCCAUCGUCUUUUGAGGAAGGGCAACUAUGCUGAGCGUGUCGGAGCCGGUGCCCCCGUCUACAUGGCCGCCGUCAUGGAGUACCUCGCAGCUGAGGUCCUCGAGCUGGCUGGAAACGCUGCUCGUGAUAACAAGAAGACCAGAAUCAUCCCCCGUCACCUCCAGCUUGCCAUCAGGAACGACGAGGAGUUGAACAAACUUCUGUCCGGUGUCACCAUCGCCCAGGGAGGUGUCCUGCCCAACAUUCAGGCCGUCCUCCUCCCCAAGAAGUCUGAGAAGACCAAGGCUUAAGCGCCCAUUUCUCAAUCCAAAUAAACCCCGGCCCUUUU